AUGGGGCGCGUUUGGCGAAGGGGAGCAGGCGUCUCCAUCCCCACCACCACCACCUCUUCAUGGGGUCGAGAUGGGGAGUGGAUGUGCGCCCUUUCCCUUCCACAGCACUCGCCAUCAUCAUUCACUCACUCGCUGCUCUGUUUCUCGGUCUUUUCGGCGCCUCCAACCUCUCGGUUUUCGUCGAUUUUGACCACUACCACGCCCCCAAAAGGCCAGCUGUGCCGAAACGAGGGCCGGUCGGGUGGGGCAGGUUGCAGUGCCAUUCUGCACUGGUCAUCCGCCGCCGAGGGAGUGCGUCCGUUGGGGAGUGGGCGCGACGAACAGUGCGAAAACGCCGUCCACUGGGGUCAGAGGGUUGGGGUGGAGAGGGGGGAGGCCGCGGACGCGUCAAUAGCAGACGGCGCCGCGUCAACGCCCGAUUGUCCAGAGCCCGAACGAUGGCGGGGCAGAUGCCCUGCAUUUCGGCGCACCACCCCCACUCUCCUCGCCUCGCCCGCUCUCUGCGGCGGCGGUAGUUGUGGGUAUUAG